AUGGUCCUCACACACAUCAACGAAGAAGCGAACCUCGCGCGCAUGGAGCGCGGCGAGCUCUAUUACGCGUUUACACCGAACCUCGUUGCUGCUCGAAAACGGUGCUCGAGGGUCGUGAGCCGGAUGAAUAACGCGGGCGAGCUGACAAGGAGGGAAAUGGCGGAGUUCUGGAAGGAAAUCACAACCGACCCAACCCCAAUCCCCUUACCCGCAUCCCUUCCCUCAACAGCCACACCCCAAGACCACGAAGAAUCCGAAGAUACCAUCCUCCAAUCCUACCCCUGGAUCGAGCGCCCCAUAGCAAUCGACUACGGCUACAACGUAAGCGUCGGCAAAGACGUCUUCAUCAACUUCAACUGCGUGAUUCUGGACACGUGCAAAGUAACCAUCGGCUCGCGGACCCUGAUAGGCCCGAACGUCUCCCUGUUUUCCGGAACGCAUCCCGUUGACCCUGAUCUGCGUAAUGGGACGCAUGGGCCUGAGUACGGUGGUCCGAUUACGAUCGGCGAUGAUUGCUGGAUUGCGGGGAAUGUGGUUGUUCUUCCUGGCGUGACGAUUGGGGAUGGGGUUACGGUUGGGGCGGGGAGUGUGGUUACCAAGGAUAUACCCGCGUUUCAUGUUGCGGCUGGAAACCCGGCGCGGGUUCUGAGGAAGGUUGAGCGGCCUGCGUCUGAGGGCGUUGGUAAGACUAAGGACGCGAACAGUGCUAGCAAGGCUUGA